GGCGGGGCAGCUGCAUGUGGACUGGUAAUUUUUAUAUUGUGUUCAGUCGCUGAUCAACGUUUCAUGGGGAAGGAAGAGCAGCAGCGGCCACCCUCACACCACCCUCACACCCGCCACCUAACGCCCUGAUAUUGUUCACUCCCGCGGGCCGCAGGACGUCGGUGUGGGCGUGGCAGCGUGAUGGCAGGCGUGACGCUCUGCUGGACGCCGCGGGCUUCCCCUCUCCUGCUGGUGGCGGUGCUGGCGGUGUGUCGGGGCCGCGAUCUGGAAAGUGAGUGAUGAGUGAUGACGGGGCCGUGGGAUCUCGAGUGUCGUUGGACCAUGACCCACAUUCUCAAACAUUUCGGGGCUUACACACACUCAUUUGAUGACGAGACGCGGGUGUUCGGGCUGCAGACGGAGGCAAUGGGGCCGGGCAGAAGUGACGUCUUUCUGCGGUACAAGUUCGGCAGCGAGGGGAGCAUCGGGAGGCCUCUUGUGGUGCGGGAGAUGACGGCGUGCUACAGGUUCCGCCUCGCCCAGUACCGAGAGGCGGGCUCCAUGUUCCUCUCCUACGCCUACUCCGACACCAUGGACAACGCUCUGCUCUUCUUCCAGAUCUUCGACACCCUUGACUUCUACUACAACGACGUGAAGGAGUCGGCGCGGCUGAGGCUCCAGGUGGACGACACGCUGGGCCGCUGGCACCACCACUGCUUCGUCUUCGCCCACCCCUCCUUCAGAGUUUACAUCGACGGGGAGGUGGCGGCGGAGGGCAGGAUGGAGGGGCGGCGCGCGGAGGUUCCCCUCAAUGGCUCGUUGUACGUGGGGCAAGACCAGGACGUGUACGACGGCGGCCUCGACGCCUCCCAGUCCUUGAGUGCUCACAUGGCCCAGGUUAACAUCUGGGACCACGCCGUCAGCCCCGCCACCGUCAGCAGGGUGGCACGGUGUCAAGACAACCCGCGAGGCAACAUCUUGUCCUUCGACACGGAUGACUCGGUGGAGGCAGCCAACGUCACGGUGGAGGCGGCUCACAUCAGCACCUUCUGCACGCGCGUCCCGGACUUUGUGAUCGUCCCCCGCGUGUCGACGCUUGAGGAGGCGCGGACUUUCUGCGGUCUCACCAACGCCUCUCUCUUUAUCCCCGAGGACGAGGAGUCAAACAAGAAACUCUUUAGUCAGAGCAGAAUGUUCCUGGACACGUGCGGCGCCCGGAGUUACAGGCUCUUGUUCCUCGACGCCUCUGACGAUGCCACGGAGGACCGCUGGGUGGUUGGGAGCAGCGGCCGCCCUCUCGUUUUCCAGAACUGGGCGCCCGGAGAGCCUAACGGGGGCCGAAAGGGGAACUGCGUCGUGAUGAGGAAGUCUGAUGGAAAGUGGUUCGACACGCUGUGCUCCGAGCGGUACUGCUUCGCGUGCCUCAGGACUCCCCAUAACUACCUGCUCCUCCGUGGCCUCUGCGAGCCGCGGGAGGACACGCUGCGCCUCUACCUAACUGGCUACAUCAACGAACAACCCUACUUUCGCGGCUUAUACAAAUUCAUGAUCUACUUCUCCAACGGCUCGUGGCUGCUGCGGGACACGGGCGAAGACGCUAUUCUCGCCUCCUUCACCCCGAUUGAGAACGAGUACCCGCUGGGCCGCCGCCGUUGGGAGGUUCUCAGUAAAUUUUGCCACCACCCCAUUGGCUCCUUCGUCAGUCUUGGGCUGUCGUCCUGCACCAACUACCACUUUAUGUGCUCCGACGGGUCUUGUGUCGCUCGCUCUGUCCGCUGCAACCUUCAGGACGAUUGUGCGGAUGGAAGCGACGAAGACAACUGCAGCAUCAUCGAGUUCGGAGAUAAAUACUUCAACUAUCGACCUCCUCCGAGUGGCACCUUCGGCCAGCCCCUUCCUGUCGAACCCCUCGUCGAUCUGGUGAGGUUUUCGAAAAUUGAUGACAUCAACUUGGCCUUCAACAUUGAGAUCGAGGUGACUCUGGCGUGGCGAGACCGCAACCUGAACUUCCGCAACGUGAGGAGCGAGGAGGGGAAGAACAGACUAUCGAAGAGCCAGGUGCUGGAGGUGUGGACGCCCGAAGUAGAGUUCCUCAACAUCUACGACGGCCGCCAGCAGGACCUGAAGCUGUCCGUGGUGGUGAGGGAGAACAGACCCGCCGACCCGCCGCUCUUCAACGACGUCAGAAUGGACACCGUCCACUCGCCCCUCAACGUCCAGCUGGUCAAGCGGCAGCAGUACUCGGCCAGCUUCUCCUGCAACUUCCUCCUCUUCAACUACCCGUUCGACACCCAGAACUGCAGCAUCCUCCUCCGCCUCGCCUCGGCUGAUAGGGACGUGGUGGUCUUCCAGAACGCCACAGCGAUUUAUCGGGGCAUGAGGAACCUGCACAAAUUCAUCAUUCUGCACGAGGAAGCGACGCUGCUCAACGACACUCAUUACUCGGUCAUCAAGGUGGAGUUUCAGCUGGAGCGUCGGUACAGCCUCCUCGUGCUCACCAUCUUCGUGCCCACCUUCCUGCUCAUCCUGGUCGGCUACACCACCCUCUACAUCCAGCUGCCGGCCUUCCAGGUUCGCUCCAUCAUGUCCCUCACGACGAUGCUGGUGAUGUACACGCUCUUCAGCCAGGUGUCCAACGAUCUUCCGGACACGGCCUAUAUCAAGAUGCUGGACACCUGGUUCUUCUUCUGCAUCUUCCUCAUCCUCAGCAUCAUCUUCCUCCACGUCACCGUCGAGCACCUGCCGGAAGGGAACGCUGAUAAGUCCUCGUCUUCGUCUUCGUCUCCGCAGCCUCGGUCUCGGCAUUCCGCGCACUUUACAACUUCGGUCAUCAAGGUUCGGCCCCGCUUGAUGUCUUCCGUCCCGUCACCUUCGCCCUCGCCGCCAAGGUCAUGUCAGGCAAGGUGGACGGCCAGGUGGGUCAUGUUCAUGGCCAGGACCGUCGUCUACCCCGCCAUCAUCAUCAUCUUCAACGCUAUCUUCUGGGGCAUCAUCGUCUUCAUCUACGACUGACUGGCCCGUUAUAUCUUGGUUAUUUACGUUGAUAUUUGCGUAGUUAUUUGUUUUUGCUUAUUUUUCAUCACCGUGCGUCGAUCGCGUGUCGUUUGUUUGGGUCUGUGCAUGUAUGUUAUUUAUUUAUUUGUAUGUUUUAUAUGAUAUCAGUCAGUGUUAUCUGAGAGAGAGAGAGAGAGAGAGAGAGAGAGAGAGAGAGAGAGAGAUUCGAAACUGCUUCAUGUUUCCAACGUUAGCUCUGUUCAUUUAUACAUAAAUUUUUUUUUCGGUAUUUUGUUGGGGAUAUACCUCAAGGGAGGAAGGCGGUGCAUGCCGCGCAACCACCCAGACGGCUGGUUGCAAUGAGAGAUGCCCAAUUCUUUUCAAGUGGAGGAGGACCAACAACGGGGCUGAGGGUGUCGGAAAGAACACAUACAUUUAUAUUAUCAGUUCUUUUUUCAUACAGAUGAAUAUUUACAGAGUAAGUAAGUUCCUUGUAAAUAUAUAGGCCUACGUACCUUUCUUUUAAAUGUCUUAAAAUUCACUGUGUAUCGACGUAACUUCUAAAAAUCUACCCUGAAGCUGAAAUAAUGUUGAUAUGAAUACCAAUUAAAUGUCCUAUAAAAAAAAAUCUGUGUAUUCAUCAUUGUAUAGAUAAUGGAAGUCACCAAGUACGGUCCAUAUUCUUAAAUCUUUCCGGGCUCACACACACACAUUUGAUAUUGAGCUUUCGCAGAGGUUGUGGGUACUUCCAGGGGUAGUUUUAUAAGGCUAAAUAUAGUGAUAGUAUGGCAAGGCUUCUGCAUCUUGAAUGUGAAAAACAAUCUUGAGAAUCCGAAUAAUCUCCUUUGUGGCCUUUGAAAAUACUUGCUGCGAGAGCCGACAGCGUCUGAGAAUACAUAUCGUUUGAGUCACGUGAGGCGUUACCAGAGCAAUUAUUGUCGUAACGAUAUUCAAAGUUAUUGUUACAACCGUUUAUUAUUGAUGUUUUUUGCAAGAGGUAUGGGUCAAGAAAAGGAAAAACAUUAGGGACCAUACUUAUAAAGAUAUUGUGUCUCUGACUUAAGUAUCGCCAUAACCAGUGACAUCUCAAGUAAUGGACGGCGGACUCUUUUGAUUUUGCGUCGCCUUUGUCAUAAAGCCGCGAA